AACACGAUGCGUGCAUUUGAUUGAGUUUCGAACAGAAGUAACUGCGAAACUGGUAAUUAUACAUUCCGACGCGACGAUACAUUUGCGACAAUUGGAUACGACACUUAUAUGUCCGAUUAUGCGUAGGACGUGAAGGCAACGUUUGGUCUGGGUUGGACAGGAAACGACAGACGCGCAGCGCGCAGCGUGUCCCCUACGCGGUCGGGGAGAAGAAUGGCUAAUGGUCUGGGAUACAUGUAGAUGAGACUGAGCGUGAAAACAUGACGAGGACGGAUACUUUAAAGUAGUUUUGAUAUAUUUUCCAAAACGGCUCACCUCCCGAGACCCAAGAAGCGUGACGCAUCUUUCCCACACGACUGUUAUAUUCCCCCGCGGGAAAGGAGACAACCAGAGGACAGGACCCUCUUUGUGAGUCCCAUUUCACUCGGAUUAAAGGCCCCCGUCAGAGUGGAGCGGUGGUUUCGACUGACCUGCAACCUCAAGUAGGAAGAGGGCCAAGCCACUUCAGAAAUGGAGCAGGUAUCAGAUGACGAGUUGGAUCAUGGAGCCGAGGAGGACAGUGACAAGGAGGACCAAGACCUGGACAAAAUGUUUGGAGCCUGGCUGGGGGAAUUGGACAAGCUCACACAGAGCAUGGAUGAUGGCAGGCCCCAGAAGGCACUGCAGAAGCCUCCGCUCAGGCAAGAGACAAACAUUGCCAACUUCUCCUACCGGUUCUCAAUGUAUAACAUAAAUGAGGCACUGAACCAAGGCGACACGGUGGACUUGGAUGCUCUGAUGGCUGACUUGUGUACCAUAGAACAGGAGCUCAGUACUAUUUCCAAGCCAAACUCUCGGAAUCAGAGCAAGCGUGCUCCAGGGGGACGCGGUGCCAGCACCAAGCAGCCGGGCACCAGUGGAGGGGGAAGCAGCAGUGGAGGAAGUGCCAGUAGCAGCACUCGGGCAUCUCCUGCCAACACGGUGCGAGGCGGCAGCGGUGUCAACACCCGCCCUGUGGCUUCCAACAUUUCCCUGGACGACAUCACCUCUCAGCUGGAGAAGGCCUCGCUCAGCAUGGACGAAGCGGCGCGUCAGACGUCCUCGUCGUCCUCAUCGUCCUCGUCUUCCUUCUCCUCCACCACCAUGAGACGUCCCUCGUCCGGCUCGUCCGGCGGCGGGCAGCACCAUCGGCGGACGGGUUCAGUGGGUGCGGUCAGCGAACAGGAGGCUCCGUCCCAGCGCUCCAGCGUCAACUCGGCGUGCGCUUCGGCGUCCAGUAUGGACUCCCUGGACAUUGAUAAAGGGGUGACGACGGGCGGUGAAGCGGAUGGAAGGAGCAGCCCGACCCUACAGAGACAAAACCAAACCAGCACAGAGCAUGUCACACUGCGGUGGGCCGACGGUAAAAGGGCUAGGCGGCGCCUUGACUUCACCUCACAGGAGGAUGAAGUGGAUCGGGCCACUCACUCGUAUCUGGACCAAGAAACCUCGCUUAUUCUGAAAAGCAUAGCUGGAAAGCCUUCUCACCUCCUGACUAAGGAGGAGCACGCCGCCAAGCUAAAGGCAGAGAAGAUCCGAGUGGCCCUGGAGAAAAUCAAAGAGGCGCAGGUCAAAAAGCUGGUGAUCCGGGUGCACAUGUCGGAUGAGAGUUCCAAGACCAUGAUGGUGGAUGAGAGGCAGACGGUCAGGCAGGUGUUGGACAGUCUGCUGGACAAGUCGCACUGUGGCUACAGCCCAGACUGGUCGCUGGUGGAAACCAUUACUGAGCUGCAGAUGGAACGUAUUUUCGAGGAUCACGAGAACUUGGUGGAAAAUCUGUUGAACUGGACGCGGGACAGUCACAACAAGCUCAUGUUCAUUGAGCGCAUCGAGAAAUAUGCGCUCUUCAAGAACCCGCAGAACUAUUUGUUGGGCCGUAAGGAGACUUCAGAAAUGGCUGACAGAAAUAAGGAAGCUUUAUUAGAGGAGUGCUUCUGUGGUGGUUCCGUGUCAGUGCCUGAGAUUGAAGGUGUGCUGUGGCUGAAGGAUGAUGGGAAGAAGUCAUGGAAGAAGCGCUACUUUCUCCUCAGGGCUUCUGGAAUCUACUAUGUCCCAAAAGGCAAAGCUAAGGCAUCCAGAGAUCUCGUGUGCUUCCUGCAAUUGGACCACGUUAAUGUCUAUUAUGGUCAAGACUAUCGCAGCAAAUAUAAAGCACCGACUGACUACUGCCUGGCUUUGAAGCAUCCACAGAUCCAAAAGAAGUCACAGUAUAUUAAGUAUUUGUGCUGCGAUGAUGUCAGGACCUUGCACCAGUGGGUGAAUGGAAUUAGAAUUGCAAAGUAUGGGAAACAGCUCUAUAUGAACUAUCAGGAGGCCAUGAAAAGAACAGAGGCUGCCUAUGAUUGGUCCUCUCUAUCUACCUCGAGCAUCCGAUCAGGAUCCAGUUCUGCAAGCAUACCCGAAUCACAAUCUAAUCAUUCAGGCCAUUCAGACAGUGGCGUGGACACGGGGUCUGCUCAUGGUCGCUCCCAGAGUGUUGUGAGUUCCAUCUUCUCAGAGGCAUGGAAGAGAGGCACUCAAUUGGAGGAAAAUACCAAGAUGCGAAUGGAGGCUUCCAGAGGAGCUACGUUGCCACAUGCCUCCCACAGUCACCGCCACCACAGCCAACAUUCAGUCGAUCACUCGACAACGGCUCCUCCAUCUCAACCUCUUCAGCCUCCGGCUCAUCCCCAGCAACAACUUCAGCCACGGACAGUUGAGCAGCACCUGCCCCCUAAGCUACAGUCUCCUCAACAAGUCUCGCAGCCACAGUCACCUCAACGCUUGCAGCAGCCUCCGCCGCAACAACAGGAGCACCACACCAUGAGCAGCUCCAGCCAACAGCCGGCACACCCUGUGAACAGCUACAGCCAAAUGCCUCCACCACCAUCACUACAGCAGCAGACGCACACAAACUACAAUCAGCCGCUACACAAAGUAAGCAACUACAUUGUUGCGCCGUCCCAACAGCCACCACACAGCCACGUGUGUCCCCCACAGCAACAGCCAGCACCUCCUCCACCGCCUCCUCCUCCUCCUCCACCACCUCCACCACCCCCAGUCCAAACCAUGUCACACUACUCUCCAGCACUCAACAUGUACAAGUUCAGUACAAUAACCAGGCUGCAGAACCAGAACCAGGCUGGCAGUCACCACAGGAUGCAACCUCCCCCAUCGCAGACAGCGCCCACCGCAAAGGUGCACAUCAAACCAAAUGUCAAUCACAUUGCAGCAAGGACUAAUGUCCCGCCCCCUCCUCCUCCUCCACCGCCACCGUCUAUGCCGACCCCCGGCUCCGCCAUGGCUGCACUGAAGUUCGGCCCUCCGAGUCCAAACGCCCUGGCUGCCUUCAUGGGUCCACAGAGCAAUGGAGUAGCAUUCCCUCCUCCCCCGCCCCCAUCAACGGCAGGUCCCAUCAGUCAGUCGACGUAUCCGAUCAUUCUCAAGCAUACGCUGAAAGAAAGGUUUCCCAGCCCACCACGAGAUCUCCUGUCUGCAAACGGAGAAGUUGAAGACUCCCCACUUCCUGCUCCUAAUCCAUCACCGCCGCCUCCACCACCACCACCACCUCCUCCACCACCACCACCCCCUCCUCCCCAGCAGCUUCCGGCAGCGGCCCAGUUCCCACCACCUCCACCGGCGGCAGCACCCAAAUCCUUCAGCCCAGGAUUUGUUCCUCAUACUGCCCCCAAACCUGUGUCACCUGUCUCACCAUUCCCACCAGCCCCGCCACCAUCCACCUUGGGUGGGCUACCACCCCCGCCGCCCCCUCCUCCACCCGCACCCCUCAAGAAGCAGUUUAGUCUCCAGACAAGCUACACCUCCAGCCAGCCUCCGCCGACUCUUCCCAAGCAGCACAGUCUGUCGAAGCCUCCUCCUGUUUCCACGGGAACCCCCCCAGUCUCGUCUUUGGUGAAACAGCUGGCAAGUCAGUUUCCGGGGGCUUCCACCCAAGUCGCCAAUCACACGGAGAACACCAAAGUUCCCGUCUCUCCGCCUGCGGUCAAGUCCAAACCAAGAUGGCAGCCUGUUGGCAGUCAGCAGCUGCAGUCGUCAGAGUUCCCACCCCCUCCGGACAUUGUCAACAGUAGUGGUUUCCCAGCUCCGCCAUUAGCACCACCCUUGGCCCCUGCCUCUUGUCCGACGCCACCGCCCCCGCCGCUUCCUUCUGGGAACAUGGGAUCACCUGCGAGGACGUCACCCUCCUGUCUAGGAGGUAAACAACCUCCUCCGACCCCCCAGAGAAACUCCAGCAUCAAAUCUGACUCGUCUGCGUCCUAUGAAGAAUCCAGGAGGAACCUCCUCAGUAAGUUUGCCCCGCAGAGCAACACGACUUCAUCCUCCCUAUCUUGCGCAACUGGGUCUCCGUCAAAGGAUCCCUCAGGGGGACCCCGUGCACCACCAAAACCCGGCAAGCUAAACCUGGCCAACCUGCCCUUGGCUCUUCAGGCCAAAGUCAGCCAAGCGAAGCAAUCCGGCAAUGACUUCCCCUCUCCGCCAUCCGAGUGUGUCAACUUCCCUCCUCCGCCGCCACCGUCUGAGCUCUUCCCACCUCCUCCUGGGAGUGAUUCUCAUAGUAGUGGACCUCCACGGGUAGCUGUGGUGAACCCCCAGCCUCAAGCCCCUCCUCCUCCCCCUCCCCCACCAGUCUCUAAUAUGAACAACUCCACUUGGGGUAAGAGCUCCCUGAAAAAGACUCCUCCGCCAACAUUUGUGCGCCGUAGCAACACCACACCGGAACCCCCACCGCUGUCACCACCGCCCCAGCUACCUCCACCCACCUCACCGAAGGGCAGCUCAGGCCAGCCCAACUUCCUUGCCGAUCUAAACCGGACCCUCAAGCGAAAAUCCGUGGGUAGGCAAGGCAAAACGGACCCUGCUGGGACGAUGGAUGACAUGGCGCUGCCGCCGCCUCCCCCCGAGCUGCUCCUCGAACAGGAAAAGCAAAGCAACGGAGGAAAUGACGGCUACAUGUCCGGGAACAUCUCAGGCUAUGCAACGCUCCGACGAGGACCCCCACCCGCACCGCCAAAACGGGGUGAUGCCACCAAGCUUACUGGGUAGAGAUGAACAAAGUUUUGUCCUCUACGUUUGGGAUCACAAAUUGCUAUCGUACUGUAUAUACCAAAAGUAUUUCUGAAUUUGGUUUUUCAAAUGCUCAGGAUUUUACUUCUCAACGUUUGGACUCAGCAUGUACUUUGGAAUUUACCGCUUAGUCAAACUUUGCGCUCCUACCCCUUCCAUUCCUGUUUUUUUUCUGCUUACGCCUGUCUGAUUUAUGUGCUCACUGAGCCUGCAGAUAUGAUUGUAUCAUCAAAUUUGGGGCAUUAUUCGAAUGUCUCGGAACUCGGUAUCGAGUUUGCCGGGGGAAUUUGCGCCAACUUGUGCUAUUUCUUACAGGGUAUUACAUGACCAGGCAAUCAUGUAAAUACACUGUUGAAAAAUGAGUUUCUGGGCAUUUGAAUCAUGUAAAUAGUUACAAAAAAAAAAUUUCCUGGAAAUUUGAAUAAUGCCCAACAUUUUAAGAUCAAAUCAUAUCUGCAUACUCAAACAGGCGCAAGCACAAAAAACUGGAAAACCAAAAUAAAUCUUGUACAUUGAGCAUUUGAACUAAAUUACAAAUGAAUUUGGUGAACAGGAUUAAAUUCAGGUUGGACCCAAACCAAAUCUUCUGUUGCUGCGUAUUGCAAAAGGCAAAAAAAAAUGACCUUGUUCUUGUAAAUGCAUUUGUGGGAUUGAGUGUCAUGCAAACAUGCAUUGAGCAAUGAGUUCCAUGCAUGAGUAAGAUCCGCCCAUGUGGAUUAGGGCUUGUUUGCUUUUGUGACAAAUUAUUUAAAUGAUUAAUUGAAGUAUUUUUUUAUUUUGGAUCAAUGGAGGUCUGGUCAGAUGUGAUUACGGAAUGUAUAUCAGAAGUUACAAAUGACAUCCACAGUGUCGACAACAUACAGUCGAGCUUCAAAUCAGCUCAAACAUAAUGUGGUGUCUUAUUAUCCCGUGACAAAAGCAAAGAAGGAGGCCUUAUUCUUUAAGUCUUGCACAGUGUGUGGGGGGGGCGGGGUCUAAAUGCUCAACAGACUAGAGUAAAAUACUUUCCAUGGACUUGUCAAGAAAAUUGGAGGGCAAUUGUUGUGGAGUGCCCCCACCACCCCCAUAUUUCUUAAUCCGUUUGUAUAGUUGCUGCAGCAGCUGCUGCCAUGCUGCCCCCUCCCCAUCCAUGUCACAUCAUAACAAUCCAGGAAGCAGGCUGGAUUCAUCCGGGUGAAGGAAACUUCCCAGGAUACUUACUGUACAGUACAUCAAUUCAUGCGACGAGGACAAGAGACUUGAACGUUGCUCUCAUAUUGUUGGGUAUUUUGCAGCUGCGUUGUGUUGCCAAGUUUUCAACCUAACUGCUUGCAGCAGUGCCUUCAUUUUCAUCAAGAUGCUUGCUUACCCAACAUAUUUUCAUCACUAGUAAAGAUGAAAUAUUGGAAUUUGUUGAAGGGGUUCUAAAGACUAAUGGAAACUAUUGCAUUCAUGUGGUUGGGCUAGUUGAAAACCACAACAACCUUCGUGACUGACUCCAUACAUGCUACACCUUUAUUCUAACCAACAUGGUUGUGGUAUAUUUCUUUUUU